GCAGACUAACGAAAACUACCAGAGAACUGGCCACCCAAAUCACCCCCUGAAGCCUAAAACCAUAAAUAAGAACGGUAAUAAUAGGUUUCUCACUCCACACCCUACCUACAUUCCCCAGGAUCGCAACUGUAAUUACUCUCAAAAAGAAAACUUCUCAUACCCUUUAGUACCGACCCAUCACAUAACAACGGCUCCCAUGUAUAACAACAGUCGCAACUCCUCCCAGUUACGCGUAGCAGACCCCUCUCGCGCUAACGUAAAUAGCCAUAACAGGGGCUACGAGUCUAACCAUCAAGACUAUUUUGUAAAUAACCAUACACUUCACAGUAGGCCUGUACAAGAUUUUUUUUGGAAUAAGACCCCUAGUAACACCUCUGUUGAAGCAUAUAGCCCAGGUUAUUUCAAACCACAUGCAAAACAUAAAUUUGUUUCCUCCGUACAGUUUCCAUCACAGAGUACUCCCACCCUUUCCUCCUGGGUAAACUCCCCAAUCAACUUCACCAGCUCAUUUGAUACAUCUCCCAAUAAGUUUAACUAUCAAAAUACCGAGCUAAUGAAGAACUUCCAACCCCUCACAUCAAACUCAUCUUACACUCGCGAGGGUUACGACGACUUUAUCCGAAAUACCCUCACCCAUUUUAACUUAGUGGGCCACUUGCUUAAUAUAUGUCUUAUCAACGCUCGAUCGAUCUGCAACAAAAAGACGGAUUUAGCCCUGUUUGUAUCCAUAUAUCAACCAUCAGUUAUUAUGAUAUCUGAAGCAUGGACUAACAGUAAUAUUUCCGACCGAAGCAUAUCUCUAGAUAACUAUUCCCUAUAUAGAAGCGAUAGAUUGAAUGGACGAGGCGGAGGAUGCCUUAUUUACGCUCACUCUAGCCUGAACUCACUGCUAUGUGAUAUGCCUGAACUAAACAAACUGAAGGAUUCGGUGUGGAUUGUAUUAAAGCCGUCGAAUUCCGUUACCUUACUGCUCGGCUGUGUUUAUCGUCAACCUAACGCAUCAAUAGAUGAAAUAGCAGUAUUAUCGGAGGUAUUCACGCUAGCAUCAUCCCUCUCAUUCACAGGCAAGCUCAUUUGUGGUGACUUCAAUAUGCCCGAAAUUUCUUGGCUGCCAGUCAAAGCGCCGAGACGUUAUGAAUCAUUUAUUGAAUGUCUAGAGCUUGGACAAUGGACUCAGUAUGUCGAUAGCCCUACCAGACAUCAAAACAUCUUAGACUUAGUCUUUACCAGUGGCCUCAUCCCCAAUACUUUGUAUAUUGGAAAAAAGUUCCCAGGUAGUGAUCAUAACAUUGUCAUAUGCAGCCUUAAUGUAAAAACCACAACCGAUAGAAGUAAAACCGUAACACUUCGUAGAAACUAUCGCAAGGUUGAUUGGAAUAACUUCCACAAUUACCCAAGAAGCACUGAUUGGAGAACUUUCUUUACCUCAAACAAUACCGACACAUUAACCAAUAUAUUUUAUCACAACAUCAAAAGUAUCAUCAACAAACAUCGCACCAUUAGAAUACUGUAAACCUACGUUCUCCAAAGAUCUCUAUAUACCGGUCAGUACAAGAAGACGUCUUCAAAGACAUUGUACUCAAUUCCACAACUUAAAUGACUUUUCCUCUUUAGUGACGAUGACAGAAAUACUUGUCCGAACAGAGGCAAUAAGUAAACAAAAAGCAGUAGCACAGGAAAAACGUGCAGUUGAACUUAAUAAUAACUCCUCUGCACUCACCAUACUACUUGUUAAGUUUGUUUCACAUUGUUCCUACAUGUUCCUUUUCUACUCUUUUGUAUGUUGUUUUAUACUACUUAUUUACAUUCAGUAGGCAGCUGUAUACCCAACAAUUUCCACACUUAUGUUGUAACUCAAGUUGUACUAUAACAUUCUGGAAUGUUCACAUAUAUCUUUAAUGUUUAUUUUACUUAUAAUUGUAUUUAUCAUUAUAAUCACUGUAAUUUAAUUACUGUAAAGGUUAUCCACUGUUUAUGCAUUUGUUUGAAUGCAACAGUUUCCAUAUUGUUUGCUCUUGGUUCGAGUUUCGGUUGUUCAUAAACUGUUACCAAAUCUAGACACAGCUAUCGGCUGUCUUU